GAGGGAACGAGGGGUCCAUCUCUCUAAUCUAGCUGAUGAAGAUCCCUCACUCCGGAGACCUGACAGGGGUCGCACUCUCUCCAAUCACGCGCGCCACGGACCGCAGAGCCGCGAGCCAGCGAAGCAGUCAGCAAAGCGCUCCCUCGUUCCUCUCGUCUUUUUCUCCCGGACCAGCUCACUCUCUGUCACUCUGUCUCAAACACUGGCAAGCGCGCGCGCUCUCUGUUCAUUCGAAAACCGCAGGGAUCUAUAAUUUAGCACUCUCCUUUGCGCGCGCGCGCCCAAAUUAUUAUUUUUUUUUCGUUCCUCACUAGCGGCACGCGCAUCUGUUUCCGCUUCUGUACUGUACAAGAUGAACAAGAACGGUAGACACCUGAGAGAGAGAGAGAGUAGAUGAGAAAACAAGGAACUAAAACCACGAAGGCAAGGUGAAACGAAGAGGGGGAAAAGGUUGAGAGCAGAUAAAGGAAGAGAGUUUGUGAAGCAUUUGGAUUUUACUGGUUUCAAGCCUCCUUCUAAUUUUUGCCUUUGGAAAAGGACUCACUUAAGCUGCAGGUGAUGAUGAAUCUACUACCCAGCUGACUUGAGUAAUAUCUCCAGUGAGGGCAGACCCUUGACCUCUCCUCAAUCCCCACUGACUUCACGCUCCAACUCGUGAGCCUCGGAGCCCUGGAUCUCUUGUCUCUCACUUCCCAUUUUACCUCUGGACCUUGACGUGGGAACAGUGCCGUAACAGACCGCCCAAUGCUGAGGAGGAACUGCCUGCUGCUGUUCCUGUGCUUCCUCUUUGAGCAGAGCUCCUGCGCUCCCUUCCAAAGCAGGCCAGGGCAAGAGUGGCCCCACAGCCAGACGGGGCCACUGGCGGCAGGAAGGAAUGGAGGUUCCAGAGGAUUCCAGAGGGUCAAGAGGGGCUGGGUGUGGAACCAGUUCUUUGUGCUUGAGGAGUACAUGGGCUCGGACCCACAGUAUGUGGGAAAAUUGCACACUGACUUGGAUAAAGGGGACAGCGCAGUGAAAUACACUCUCUCAGGCGAUGGCGCUGGAACCAUCUUCACCAUUGACCAGAUCACCGGGGACAUACACGCUUUGCGCAGUCUGGAUCGCGAGGUGAAGCCUUACUACACGCUACGAGCUCAAGCGGUGGACAUCGAGACCAACCGACCGCUGGAACCAGAGUCAGAGUUUGUCAUCAAGGUGCAGGACAUCAACGACAAUGAGCCAAAGUUCCUGGAAGGGCCCUACACGGCUAGUGUACCUGAGAUGUCACCUGUGGGUACAUACGUGAUGAAGGUGACGGCGACAGAUGCAGAUGACCCUACAUACGGCAACAGUGCUAGGGUGGUGUACAGCAUACUUCACGGCCAGCCGUACUUCUCAGUGGAUCCCAAAACAGGAGUCAUCAGGACAGCUCUACCCAACAUGGACCGGGAGAUGAAGGAACUGUAUCAGGUCCUCAUCCAGGCCAAAGACAUGGGCGGACAGUUAGGGGGUCUGGCAGGGACCACCACCAUCAACAUCACCCUGAGUGACGUCAACGACAACCCACCCAGGUUCUCCAAAAGCAUCUUCCACCUGCGUGUACCAGAGUCCUCAGCAGUCGGGUCAGCGGUUGGCCGAAUCAAAGCUCAUGAUCUGGACAUCGGAAAGAAUGCAGAGGUGGAAUACAACAUCGUCCCUGGAGAUGGAGGAGCCAUGUUUGAUAUCACCACCAAUGAACACAAUCAGGAGGGAAUCAUCAUGCUCAAAAAGCCGUUGGACUAUGAGACCAAAAAAGCAUACACAUUUAAAGUGGAGGCCUCCAAUGCACACCUGGAUCCACGGUUCCACAAUUUCGGUCCGUUCAAAGACACAGCGACAGUGAAAAUAAACGUUCUGGAUGUGGAUGAGCCUCCUGUCUUCAGCAAACCCUCCUACGCGAUGGAUGUUUAUGAGGACACGCCACAAGGCACCAUUAUAGGAGCCGUGACUGCACAGGAUCUCGAUGCAGGAAACAGUCCAGUCAGGUAUUCCAUCGACUGGAAGAGCGACCUGGACAGCUUCUUCGACAUAGAUCCUGUCAGAGGAACCAUCUCCACCAAUGAGCUUCUGGACAGGGAGAGUAUAGCCCAGCACAACAUUUCAGUUGUGGCCACCAAAGUUAGUAAGUAUGGCUGUGAACCUCAGAAUAAAGUGGUGGUCAGUGUUGUUGUGGUGGACAUUAAUGAGUUUCCACCAGAGCUGGCCAUGCCUUACGAGACCUAUGUGUGUGAGAGCGCCAAAGUCGGACAGGAGGGAGUGUUGACCAUCAGAGACUUUGGAAAUAACACUGCCGGAGUUGUGACCUUGCGUGUCGGCUUCAAACGGCGCUCUCAGGAGAUCUACCAUCUUCCUGUGGUGAUUGAAGACGGUGGCCUCCAGACUUUGAGCAGCACCGGCACCCUCACCAUCCGUGUGUGCGGAUGUGACACCGAUGGAUCUUUAUUAACGUGCAGUGCUGAAGCCAUUUUCCUCCCUGUGGGCCUGAGUACCGGAGCCCUGAUCGCUAUUCUGGUGUGCAUCGUCAUACUGCUAGUGAUUGUGGUUCUCUAUGUUGGGGUUCGGCGGCAGAAGAAGAAAGAGACUCUCAUGACGUCCAAAGAGGACAUCCGUGACAACGUCAUCCAUUACGACGAUGAAGGCGGGGGCGAGGAGGAUACACACGCCUUCGACAUGGGCACCCUCCGCAACCCCAAAGUCAUCAAAGAAAAUAUGUUUCGCCGAGAUGUUAAGCCAGAGUUGGGUUUGUGUCCACGACGGCCAGUAGCCUCGCAAAACAGCGCUGACAUCAGCAACUUCAUCAGUCUGCGAUUGCAAGAGCAUGAAGGUGACACUUCCGCCCCGCCGUACGACUCGCUGGCCACGUAUGCCUACGAGGGCGAGGGCUCGGUGGCUGAAAGUUUAAGCUCUAUAGAGUCUGUAAAGGGUGAAACGGAGGAGGACUACGAUUACCUCAACGAGUGGGGGCCUCGCUUCAAAACCCUCGCAGGGAUAUUCGGAGAACGAUCAGAGAGCCAAUCAGACGUAACAUCCAGUAUCACCACUGAAAACAAACACUGAUGUUUUUUUUUUUUUUUUUUGUUAGUUUUUUUUUACACUGGGUUU